AUGGGGUCCCUCUCUCAUAUCGCUCCCUCGCACCCUCGCUCCCUCGCGAUCCCCUCUCCUCGACAUUCCUCGAUCUCCUCUAAUCUACCAACGACUCCCUUCCCCGGUCUCCUCAGUACGCUCCUCCCAUCACUCCGAAUGCUUCGUCACUCACUACCGCUCAAACCUUCUCCCCCAUGUCGUCCUCCCCGUCCACUUCUCCCUCCCCCCUCAUCGUCGCAAUAUGUCCCGACUCACGAAUCUCUAUUGUCUCCGUUCAUACAUUCCUCCCGCCAGCCUCGACUCAGCAAUCAUUCUCGUUCUUCUCCGAUCUUACAUCUCCCCGUCUCAUCCCCUACUCGCUACCUUUACUCUCACGCCUUUCUCCUACUCCUCCGAUCAUCCCACAUCCCCCUCCAACCAUCCCGUCCCCAGUCAGUCUCUCGCGUCCCCCCCCCCCCUCACUUUCCUCCCCGUUCCUUCCUCACUAACUCUCAUCCCGCUGGCACCCGAGCUCGCUCCUGCCCCAGUCCUUCGCUCACCCCCCUCUCGUCCUCCCUCGCUCUCGGAACAACCACCUCGCCUUCACGGCUCACCCCCCCCCCCUCACAGCUCUCAUCGUCAUCCUCUUUCUCCCAUCUGCCUCCAUCUCUGGUGUCUAUCAGUGUCUCACUCGCAGGUUGGGUUCACUCUCUUUCAUCCCUCUUCCAUUCACCACUCCUCCACCCACUCGACAACCUCCUCAUCUCUCCUCCCUCCGUAUCCCCUCGUGAACGUCUGGGUGGCGUGGCAUUGCUCGCACCGCAGGGCCUACAUCUCCCCCUCCUCUCCCCUUCUUCCUUCGUUCCUAACGCUCCUCUCUCUCCACCUCCCCUCACCUUCUCUCUCUCUCUUCCUUACUCCUCUCUCGUGGGUCUCACCGGCCGUCACCUCCUCUCUCCGUCGUCUCUGAUACCUCGUCAUUCUCUCCCUCACAUCCUCCUCCCUUUCCCUCGGCUCCUCUUCCCUGUCUCUCCUCUCAUCUCUCCCCUCCUCCCUCUCUAUUCCCCCCCCCCCUCCAUUCAUCUCUAUCUCUCCCUCUCUCUCCCCCCGAUACCCCAUACACCACUCGCUCCUCCAACCCCCUCCUCCCUCUUCCUCUCGUCCGCUCACGCUACACCGUCGCCUUUCCCCCUUUUCCUCUCUACGUAUCCCUCACUCCUCCUCUUUCUCUUCCAUCCACCCGACUCUCCUCUCCUCUCUCUCUUCUCCUCUCCCGCUCGUCCUCUCCCCCUCCACCGUUCAUCUCUCUUCAACUCUCCUCACUCUAAUCAGAUCACUCUCUUCUCUCCUCGCUCCCCCUCUUCAUCGCCAUUCAAUCAUCUCCUCUCCUCCAUCCAUCCUCCUCCACCAUCUUCUCUCCCUCUCCACUACUCUCUCUCCCGGCAGGCCUCAUCUCACCUCUCCGUCAACCGGAUUCACCGCUCCCCCUCAAACAUCUUCUCUCCCCGCCUCGCAUUCGUCCUCACUCCUCACCCCCCUCUCUCUUCUUCUUCUCGCCAACACUCCUCAUCGGCGGAUCUGCUCUCAUCACUCUCGUCACGCCAUCCACAGCUCACAUCCUCGAGUCGUAUCUGUCGUCUUCACAUCCUCAGCUCUCGUUCUUGUCUGGGGGCUGGGGGCUCCGCGCUGGGGGGCUUCUUCACACCGACACCUUCGGUCUCAUUCCCAGCGUCAUCAUCCCCAUCGUCCCACCACCUCCACUCCUCGCGGUCACCAUCCAUCGAACUCUCCCUCGCCCCUCCUUCUCUCACUCGUCUGCCCUGGUCCACUUCAGAGCAUUUCCUCUGUCUCAAUCGCGGCCGCCCCACCCCAGCUUCGUCUCCUCCCCGAUGUCUCGCGUCCUAUCUCCCCACACUCUUCUCCUACCUUCGGGGGUCUCUAUCCCUCACUCCACUAUCAUCGCACGCCCGUUCCUCCUCUCCAGUUUCCUCGUUCUCCCCCAACAUCCCCCGCCCCUCCGGUAGUUCAGUCCGCUCCGACUCAUCCCCCCUUCGUCCUCUUCUCUUCCACAUCGCCCUCCCCUCCGUCUCAAAUCUCUGCCCCUUGCCAUCACUCUGCCUCUACCCUUCUAUCAAUCCUCAGGUCUCGACCCUUAUCCCUGUCACCUCUCAAUCGAUCUUCCCCCCCUCUUGGCCCUCUCCCCGCAAUGCGUCUCCUGUCUCCGUCACCUCCCUCUCGCUCACCCGGUCGCAUACUCCGUUCCGAUCCCAUCUCGCCGACACCUCGCGCCUCCAACCCUCCUCACGCCGUUCUCAUCUCCUCAACCGACUCUCCUCCUCUCCGUGUACCUCUCUCGUCUUUCUCUCCAUCCGCUCCUCCGCGACGUGCCUCAUCCGGUUUCUCGCUUCCUACUUUUCUCCUCUUCUCUAUCGUCUCGGCAUCCGUAUUCGCCUCUGCUCUUUCCUCCCCCUUAACAGCGAUCUCUUCCACCUCUCGAGAGCCUCAGUUCUCAUAUCACUCUCCCUCCUCGCUCAUCUCACCCUCUCUCUCUUCUCUCCCAAGUCUCGCUUCCCCCUUCCCCUCCCCUAUCCUCAUCUCUCACCCAUCUCUCACUCCCUCUAG